AACUAUUCAUAACAACUCUGAACUCCGGUCGAUAAACUUCCCACUGUGGUGUGGUGAGAGUGGCGCAUGUACUCCCUGCACCAGGAGAAUCGACAUGGCCGACAGCGAAUUUGAAGAAUUCCGCCGGGUCUUCGACAAACUACCGCAGCAUAUUAAAGCACCCACGCCCUUCUACUCAUUAGUGCCAAAUGUGGGCUUGGAGGAUGAUUCGCCGUCGUCAAAGAGUGAAGGCACGCCGGAGGAGGAGCCUGGUGAAGCCGACGCGGGAAAUCCUGGCCAUGCUGAUGACUCUCCUGGACAAACAGAUGCUGCGGACGCACAAAGGAGCCCACUCCACCAAACGUUCGCGAGCGGAGAAAGACGACGAAGGAAACUCCCGGAAAUCCCAAAAACUAGAAAAUCAACAAUGAUCACCUCUGGGCAGCCCGUAUCACUGGCCGAUGAGUUAGGAGCAUUAACUGGUGUCCUCGUACGACCAGGGUGUCAGGGACGGCCACUGUUGGUACUGAAGUGCGGGUACCUCCUGGACGAAGACUCAAGUCCUGACUCGGAACGGCUACAGAGCUUGGGAGAUGUCGACAGUGGCCACAGUACUGCGCACUCACCUAUCGACACGGGGCCUAAAAGUUUAUCCCCCACACCUUUGCAGCAAAAUGUGUCACCCUCAUCAAGCUGCAGCAUUAGCGGCAUCAACUUCUCCGGGAACAUGACCACUGUACCACACAGCCAACUGGAAAUGUUGGAAGCGACACACAGAGCUCUACACAAAUUCAAUCCCAGGCACCACGAUGAAAUAGAAGUUGAAAUCGGGGAUCCUAUUUAUGUGCAAAAGGAGGCUGAUGAUUUAUGGUGUGAAGGUGUAAACUUACGAACUGGACAACAAGGUAUUUUCCCUUCGGCCUAUGCGGUCGAUAUGGACUACAAUGAUUUUGAUCCCGCAAAUGCCAAAGUUAAACGAGAAAGAUACUUAUUAGGGUAUAUGGGCUCAGUCGAAACACUAGCACAUAAGGGCACAGGAGUAGUUUGUCAAGCAGUGAAGAAAAUCGUUGGGGAAUGCAGUGGAGAACCAGGAACCCAACCAUGUAUUUUAGAAGUAUCAGAUCAGGGUCUACGGAUGGUUGACCGAUCGAAGCCCGACAGAAGUCGCAGUGGACCUUGCAUUGACUACUUUUACUCACUGAAAAACGUGUCAUUCUGCGCGUUUCAUCCCCGCGACCACCGAUACUUGGGAUUCAUCACGAAACAUCCCACGCUACAGAGAUUCGCUUGCCAUGUCUUUAGAGGUCAGGAAUCUACGAGGCCAGUCGCUGAAGCUGUAGGGAGAGCAUUCCAGAGGUUCUAUCAAAAAUUUAUCGAAACUGCAUAUCCCAUCGAGGACAUCUACAUAGAAUAGAGUUAAGCAAUAGCUAUACUACCUAUAUCAAAAUAAAUUAUAAAAAUGCUUUUAUAUUUUACUUUUCAUUGACUCUUAGCAUCAUGCAAGAAAUAUACUUUGAUUCUGAUGCCUUUCUCACAACUAAAUUUUGAGUAUCUGCAUCUUAUCUUUCUAAUACUUUUAAAUAUAUAUGUUUCCCUGUCUUUUUCUUAUUAAUUGAUAAGAAUAAGAUGCAAAUACUUCAAAAUUCAGUGCAUCUAAAUCAGCACUAAUGACUAAAAUAAAUUACUUAUUUAUUCACAAUACUUUGUUAAUGACAAUCAUUGUAAAUAAUGUUUCGGAAAUGAACACAGUGAUUAAUUUUUCCCGUACACUUCAAAUAGUUUAGAAUUAAUUAGGCAAGGCUUAUUUAGUUCUUAAACUAUACUAAAUGUUAAGCCCACAUUUUUUUUACUUCCACGGACUUUUUUUUGUACCUAUACUAAUUUUUUUUAUGAAUACAUUUUGUAUUCAUAAAAAAAAUGACGCUAAGUAACUGAAAUCUCAAAUUAGAUUUUAGGGAACAUCUGCAGAAAAUUCAAUCUUUUCAAACAACAAUGCUACAAUUAUUGUUAUUAUAUUUUAGUAUCUUAACUCAUUCAUGAUUAUUCAUAUUUCUUUUCGUUAUUCAAAUCAUUAUACACUGAAUUGACGAGAGACAGGUAUUUGUCUUUAAUUUAUCUCAAAAAUUAUAGUGCUCCCUUCUCUACAUAGUAUAAAAUGACGUCACUUGAGAUUUAUUGUGGUUCCAUUUCCGUGGUUCCCUUACAGGUAUUUACGCUUGGAUUUUUUAAAGUACAACGGAUUUAAACGCGGUUUCCACCAGUAGAUUGAUUCAAGAGAAUGGUUCAUACGUAUAGUUUAAUAUUGUUUUGUGUUAAUUUAAUAAUUAUUCAAUAUGUCGGAAAGAAUUGAGUUUCAAGAUAUAUUAUGUUGUAAUAUUCUAAAAUGUGUGUUAAAAAUAUUUUAUGCUCUGUAAUAUGAAAUUUCAUUUGUACGCGCUGGUAAAAAAAAUUGGCCAAUAUAAUUUAUAACGAGCCUGAGAAUAUUUUAGAAUUUCUGCAGAACACCAUCUUGUUCCCAGUCUAUAACAGCACAAUGCGUGAUACUAUCUGUGUUGAGAUUUAAUGUAUAUUUUGAUUUAAUGUAUAUUAUAGUAUGAAUUAAGAAUAAAUAUUAUUUCUAAGGUAAAAACCUAGGCAAAAUAUAUAACAUGUAUUUAUAUUGCAACUUUACGUUUAUAAGAAACUGGGCCCAUUUACUCUACAUUAUCUCAAUAACUAUCUCAUCAUUAAUUAUUAUUAUCCAAAAAAAAUAUGUAAAAAUGACAAUAUUACUGACUAGACUUUUAUCUCAAAUAGUACUUAUUUUUAACUUUAACUUCGAACAAACAUAAGACGAAAAAUUAUUUUAACUGUUUUAUAAUGAUGAUAAUAAUAUUAUGUAUAUUUUACACACAAGCCUUGCAUUGCGCCUUGCUUAUAAUAUUUAUUAUUAUGUAUUUGAAAUAAUAUUUACCCACAUAAAAAAAUGUUGUUAUUGACAAGGGCUAUAAUAGGAUGCAGAAAAGGGUUUAAAUUAGGUACUACAAGUAUUUAAAAUUGAAGACAAUGUUGAUCAGGAAACGGAUGCUGUACAGCAGGAAAUAGUAUGUUCUCUUUAACUAGGAGCUAUUUGUAAGUUUUGCAAACAACUCGGUUGCGUUCAGAGAAGUAUUUUGAUGGCAACAAAAUUGUCUGUAAGUUAUCUUUUAAUUAUAUCUUUUCCUUCCCUUUGUGUCGAUCAAUGCCCAAUUUACAAUUAAAAGUUUACAAACUUACCAAAUGUGUCAACAAAGCCUUGACAGUAGGUAAAUUUUCCAUUCCCAUUGAAUUUUUAAAUGACUGUUUUUUGAGGGCAAGAGGUGCGAGAUUUAUUUUGUAUCUGAAGGAGAUGGUACCAGUAAUUUUUGAAAGCAUAUUCUAGAUAACAAAUGUUUAAGCGUUUGUUGAUUUAAAAUAGCUCUUAUGUACCUUCAACCGUAACCUACCAUAAAAUUAAAUGCUUACAGAAAAAAAUAUUCGUCAUUAUUAUUUAUAGAUAAGUAAAUAGGAUUUAUAAGAUAUGUAUGUACUUCACGUUGCCGGAGAAAGACAAUGAUAACACUGAAAUUAAAGGUGAAGUUUCGGAAUGUCAUACAUAUACCUAAACUGUGUAAAUAAAAUUAACAAACAGGUGAUAAUAUUCUGCUGACGAUGUUGAUGAUAUUAGAAAUUCUUAUUCAUAAAAAUAUUUUAACGCAACGGCACAGGCCUAGCGACUAAAGGUUUGCGAAACUCAUGGUAGUACUUCAGGUAGUUACGUUUUCCAUUUGAAUCUCAAAUACUGUGAUAUGAAAACAGUCUGUUGCUCUCUGAUGUAGCUAUUGUAUGAAUUUAAACUGAAGUAAGCGAUGUAACGAACAUUGAUUCAAAGUAGGUAUUUAUAGUUUGCGUUUAAUUGUAUCUAGAUAAAUAUUAUUAUUUAUAUGAGUAGGUUAUUAAAUCGAACAUCGCUUAGACUUUAUUAUUUUGGGAAAUCCAUGGAUAGGUACCACCGCACCCAGCGGGCCCGGAGGAUAUCCCACCCGACUGUUGACUACCCCAGCCUUGGCCUGGCGGUAGUAACCAUCAGUGUCUGCCGGGGUAAACCCUCUCGGGGACCAAUAAGAAUAAUCCUUAUUGUCCUUGAACAAUAUUUUAUAGUAUUAUGUGGAAAAUUAAUUUUGGAAUAAGUAUAGUUUUUAAAUUGUAACAAAAUAUUAUAUUUAUAAUAAUAAAAAUACGUUUUUUCUUUAUCACAGAUCCGUCAAUGUUUAAUAGGAAGAUCGAAAUCAGUUAUAAAAUUAAUUGUUUGUUAUUAAUUUA